AUGCCAACUGGUACCGCAUUUACGCCAUCUAUUGGCACUCUAUCUACAACAACAUCGUCUGGUACGGCAUCAACGCCAAAAACUAAUAUUACUAUAUCUACACCAAUAUCUACCAGCACUACAACUUCGACAACAACUACAACAUCUACUGUAACUAAUGGAACCCAAACGUCAACUGUUACAGUUAAUACACCCAAUUCUCCAGUAACUACUGGAACCCAAACGUCAACAGUUACAGUUAAUACACCAACUUCACCAGUAACUAGUGGAACCCAAACGUCAACUGUUACAGUUAAUACACCAACUUUACCAGUAACUAAUGGAACCCAAACGUCAACUGUUACAGUUAAUACACCCAAUUCUCCAGUAACUACUGGAACCCAAACGUCAACAGGUACAGUUAAUACACCGACUUUACCAGUAACUAGUGGAACUCAAACGCCAACAGGUACAGUAACAACACCACCAUUAACUGGAGCAACAAAUGGAACC